AUGAGCGAGUAUUCCUAUCUCUUCAGCAUCAUUCCCAACGGCGACAAGUAUACAAGUCUUAUCACUGGAGUAGUAUCAUCUGUUGUAAAGGUCUCAGUGAACUACAAAAAGGUAGCCGAAGGUUUUUCAGAAGCUCUAUCAGAUGUCAGCGACCAUCUUCGAUCCGUCAAGAAAAUCUCAAAGGGGGCAGACAGUCACGACAUGCGCCUGCACGUCAUCAAACUCUACUGCGAAGUCUUUGAACUCCUGUGCCACGCUCUCACAUGGUUCACCAGCAAGCGAAAGCGCAUAGGGGCUGCUUUCAAGAAGAACUUUUAUGACGACACGUUGGUUGGUCUUUUGAAUCGAAUACAAAAGACUGUCGCCGCCAUCGAUCGAGAAGCAAAUUAUAUCUCUCAUGGCCAAGUGCGUGAGAUUUAUGAGAGGGUGCUAGAUACCAAAAUAGAAGAUCGGCUCCGUUCGAGGUAG